AUGUCUGAAGAGCCCUCAGGCUUCCCUGCCCAAGAGCUCACCGAUGCUCUAAAGGAACACUCGUUUGGUCUACAUGGGUUCGAGCUGAUGUCGAAAGACCCCUACGAAGCUGUUUCUCGCGUUGAUCUGCUUGAAGGGAGCUCAGUGAUGAUAUCGCUUUCAGCGAGAGGAUACAAGCUCGAGAGCGGUUCAGAAGAAAGAAGCAACUCUGCGUCGAUGGACAUGCAUACACUUUAUGAAAGUGUUGAGUAUGUCCUGAUGUCUGUCAGUCCGCUUUAUGUGGCGGCGAGGCAGAGCAUACUUUUCGCAAAGCUCGAAGCGCUAUCCUAA